GGUUUCUUUACUUUCCCGUUAAGCCAAAAAAAAAAAAAAAAAUUGGUUUCUUUACUUUCCCAAAAAUCUGAACGACUUUUUUUGUUUUUUGUUUGUUUUUUUUUUUUAAUCAUUUUGCUGGUUCUGAAACUCACUUUUUUCUUGCCAUAACUCUUGCUCCCGGUCUCACUUAACGCAAAAUCGCACUGAAGAAGAGGGUUAUACUCUGCUUAUUCGAGUUUUUAGGAAGAAGACCUUGGAAGAAAACACGCUUUAACCUUGUUAUUCUUCACCAAACGAUUGUAAGGGAAAUAUUUUAGAAGUAUGGCUGAGAAGAAAAGCAUCAAAAUGGCUUUAAGCAACACUGAAGAUUUUGGAAAUGAUGAAGAAGACUCAGGAAAUGAAUUUGGGCAUUCACUAGAGAAACUUAACCUUGGAUCAAAGAAGAAACUGCUUGUUCUCGAUUUGAAUGGGGUUUUAGUGGCAAGGCGUUACAUUCUCGACAAGGCUAAAAUCCCAAAGUCUCGAACACCCGACAGAACGUACGGAUCCCAUUUGGUUUAUGAGAGGCCAUUUUGUGACGAGUUUAUGAAGUUCUGCUUAGAGAGAUUUGAAGUGGGAAUAUGGUCUUCUGCCAUGGAGCGCAAUGUUGGAGUAUUGGAUAGUGUGAUGGGUGGAAUAAGAAGUAAACUGCUCUUUGUGUGGGACCAAAGCCAAUGUACUGAUACUGGGUUUAAGUGUUUGGAUAACAAAGAAAGGCCACUUUUUAUCAAAGACCUGAAUAAAGUCUGGGAUUACUUGGAGAAGUUUCCAAAGAGAGGUGGCAAUUAUUCAGCUUCAAAUACCCUCUUUAUUGAUAAUGAACCAUGCAAAGCGAUACUUAAUCCUCCUAACACAUCAAUUUUCCCGGAAUUUUACGAUCCGGAAGAUAUUAAUGAUGAUGCAUUGGAUCCGGAAGGAGUUCUAGCCUCGUACUUGGAGGAACUGGCUGCUUCAGAUGAUGUUCCAACAUAUGUUAAGGAACACCCUUUUGGACGACCAGCAAUCUCAAGAAACCAUCCCGAUUGGGGCUUUUAUUCUGGUGUUCUUCGUCGUCUUGGAAAGGAAAAGUUAUAUGAAGAUGUCAUUGGUUGAUUAAGCGAAUUGAGUUAUGAAAGCAAAUGUUAUCAAAUUAGCAUUUGUUCUCAUCAAAUGUUUUUCAGUAUUUAAGUUUACCUAUUUGAAUGCUUAAGCUGUUAUAUUUUGCCUUUUUAACUUCUACGUCGACAUGUUGGACUCAUUUCUUUUGACUUUUGUUUUGGUUGUGAAUUAUUGACCAUGAUUUUGAUUAUGAAGCGGUAUUUCGACUA